AUGCAAAAGUUGCUCAUCGUAAUAGCAUUAAUAUGCUUUAGCCUCGCUACGGCUGCGCCACAUCAUGGUCGACACCAUCCUCACGGUAGUGGUCAUCAUCAUCGAUCGCGUCGUUCUGAUCAGAAUCCAUCGGGUGGUGUGGAACAUUCUGAAUCGUCUGGAGAAGAUCAUCCUCGAUCGCGUCGUUCUGAUCAAGUUCCAGCAGCUGGUGGGGAACAUUCUGAAUCCUCUGGAGAGGAUCAUUCUGGAUCGUCUGCAGAGCAUCAUUCUGAAUCGUCAGGACAGGAUCAUUCUGAAUCGUCUGGAGAAGAUCAUCCUCGAUCACGGCUUAACAUUCCUGCUAAUGCCACAUGGAAGCAGGACGGAGUGACUGCUGCUGGAGGUAACGGGCAAGGGGAUGUCACUAAUCAACUCUACUUGCCUUAUGGUCUCUUCGUUGAUGAUGAUCAAACAGUGGUUAUUGCGGACCACGUGAAUCAUCGUAUCAUGCAAUGGAAGAACGGUGAUACAACGAAUGGACAAGUUGUUGCUGGUGGUAAAGACGAAGGAAAUGGAUUACAUCAAUUGAAUGGUCCAACUGAUGUAUUAAUUGACAAAGAGACGGAUAGUCUCAUUAUUUGUGAUCAAGGGAAUCGAAGAGUUGUACGAUGGUCUCGUCGUAGUGGUACAACACAAGGUGAAAUACUCAUCGACAACAACGAUUGUUAUGGAGUCGCUAUGGAUGAACAGAGAUAUCUCUACGUCUCUGACGAACGAAAACAUGACGUAAGACGAUAUCAAUUGGGUGAGAAGAAUUACACUCUCGUAGCUGGUGGAAAUGGUGAAGGUGAUGGUCCCAAUCAACUCGACGGACCGACAUAUCUCUUUAUCGAUCGAGAUCAUUCAGUGUACGUAUCAGACAACAACAAUCAUCGUGUAACGAAAUGGAAUAAAGGUGCAAAAGAAGGGAUUGUGGCCGCAGGAGGACAAGACAAACGGAAUGCUCUGACACAAUUGUCUUAUCCUAAUGGAAUCUUCGUUGAUACGUUGGGUACACGCUAUGUAGCAGACUCGGGGAAUCAUCGUGUAAUGCGUUGGACUCAAGGAGACAAGAAACAAGGCACUGUAAUUGUGGGUGGAAAUGGCAAAGGAGAAGGAGCAAAUCAGCUCAGCUACCCCCUUGGUUUGUCUUUCGAUCGACAUGGUAGUCUCUAUGUCGUCGGACAUGUGAAUAAUCGUGUUCAACGAUUUUCUAUCGAAUAA